AUGGACCUCUCGGACUUUGAAGAUCUCGGAAUCAGUUCCGAUGCCGAGGACGACAAUGAAGCAGAUGAGCCCUACAUGACGCCAGCAGUUUCUGCAAAAUCUUACAGAGAAGGCGAUGGGCCUCGUCCGCCUUGGGAGGGACGACGAGACAAGCUGGUCGGCAUCGUGGAUAUGGGAAGGCGAGCCAUUCUGACAAGCCAAACCAACCGCCUACAGUUCGAUCCCGAGACUGGGGAGCAAGUUCCCAUCCCGGAUCAUGUAAUCGAUCACAUAGUGACCGUCUUUUCCCGCUUUCUGAUCGUGUGCGAGGACAUGGGAGUCGAGAAGAAGAAUAUCCAUGUCGUGGCAACAGAGGCAACACGCAAGGCCAUCAACUCAGCCAAAUUCCUGGAGACUAUCAAGAAGCAGACCGGCCUGUCUGUUGAAGUGCUCGCCAGCGAGGUUGAGGGCCAAGUCGGAGCGUUGGGCAUCGCGAGCGGAUUCGAUACUCUGUCUGGCCUUGUGAUGGACCUCGGAGGAGGCAGUACGCAGAUUACAUGGAUGAUUAGCCAAGGAGGCUACAUCAGAAUCAGUCCUAUGGGCAGCUUCAGCUUUCCGUAUGGAGCGGCGGCUUUGUCGAGGCAGCUUCAUGAGUUGCGAAAGGGAAAGAAGAAGGAUGAGGGGGAAGCCGCCGUCGCACAGCUUCGUCAGGAGAUGAUUGAGAAGUUUAGGUCUGCGUACAAACAUCUGCAGAUCCCGGACAGCAUGGUCGAAAAGGCCGAGCGAGAAGGAGGCUUCCGCAUAUAUCUGUCAGGUGGCGGGUUCCGCGGCUGGGGCUAUCUGCUGCUGUAUCUCAACCAGAUCCACGGCAAGCAUUAUCCAAUCUCCAUCAUCAAUGGGUACACAGUCGGGCGAGACCAAUUCGAGAAUACAGAAAGAGUCAAGGAGAUUGCAAAGGCAGCAAAGGACGUCUUCCGGGUUUCGGAUCGCCGUCGCUCGCAGGUUCCCGCAGUGGCCUUCUUAGUCAACGUCCUGGCCGAAGCCAUUCCCCACGGCAUCCGGGAGGCUCACUUUUGCCAGGGGGGUGUGCGAGAAGGAUACCUCUUCCGCACUCUGCCGCCAGAGAUCCGGCAACUAUCGCCGCUGGAAGUGGCAACGCAGAAUCUCGCGCCAACGUCCUAUCGCAGUAUUCAAGAGCUGAUCAAGCGAGCCAUCCCAGCGCCAUCGAGACACGAGACGAGGAAGUUUCCGGACGAAUUUGGAGAGCAUGUCAUCAAUUCGUUUGCCAAUACGAUAUACGUUCACAUGUUCAUGUCGAAGGAGACGGCAUCGACAGCCGCGCUCUAUUCGACGAGUGUGGGCAUGAUGUCUUCUACGCACGGAGUGUCCCACCAAGACCGCGCCCGACUUGCAUUGAUGCUCGAAUCUCGAUACCGAGGCGAACUGCCACCGCGAGAGAUGGAAUUCCGAGAGGCUCUGCGCUCUCUCAUAACGCCAGAGGAGGUGUGGUGGACAACGUAUCUCGGCAGAGUCGGAUACCUUAUCACGCGACUGUAUCCAUCCGGGGAAAUCGACACCAAAAAGCCCAGGGUGGUUUUUUCAUCAGAGUGGUCAUGGACAUUGGGCAAGAAGAAGAACAAGGAGGGCUUGGUGCUGACGUUGUCGGUACAGAAGAAGAAGGACGAUCCCGCAAGGCUGAAGCAUGCGCUGGAGGACAAUGUUAAGCUGAUUCAAAAGGUUGGGAAGAAGAAGCAUUGGAUUGGAAAGGAGGAUCCCUGGGGAAUGAAGGUCAAGGUGGUUGUUGUUGAAGAGGGCAUUUUGGAAUCGUCAGACUGA